CCUUCUCCCACCUAACGCCUCUCCCCCUCCCCUUUCUCUCUACAUCGACCCAUCGAUCGAAGAGAUCGAGAUCAAAGUCGAAAUCGUCUUCUACAAUGGGGGGACUGAGCUCGAAAGUUUCGGUUUUGGGGGUUUCCUUUGAAGCGGAGAGGAAUCGCGAUCUGUGAUUUGGGAAUUUGUAGGAACCCUUUCUUCGAUCCAUGACAAAAGCUUGUUGUAUGGUGUUGUUGAUGUUUGUUAUGUUAAAAGGGACUUUUUGGCUGUAUAUUUUUGGUUAUGGGAUGUGACUGCUAGUUGAAUCCUACAUGUGACUGCCAUGAUCAUAUGAUUCAGGUCUUGGAGUUAGAGGCAUACUCGGAGGUGAUGGCUUAACUAAGAGCAAUUAAAUUGAUGUACCAGUGAACUCAAGAAAAAGAUGAAGCUUAUCAGUAUACUGCUUAUUUUGGCUUAUCUGAAUUAUGUUGCUGAAUCUGAUUUUCAAGGAGAUGCAUUAUAUGACAUGAAGGUUAAGUUAAAUGCCACGGGUAACCAACUGUCUGAUUGGAACAGAAACCAAGUCAACCCUUGCACGUGGAACUCAGUUAUUUGUGAUAGUAACAAUAGAGUUGUUCAAGUAACAUUGGCUUCCAUGGGAUUCACUGGCAUUUUAUCUCCAAGAAUUGGAGAGCUGAAGUACUUAAGCGCACUGUCAUUGCCUGGUAAUAGUAUCACUGGAGGAAUACCUGAACAGUUUGGAAAUUUAUCUAGUUUGACAAGCUUGGAUUUGGAAGAUAAUCUUUUGUCUGGAGAAAUACCAUCUACCCUGGGCAAGCUUUCUAAGCUCCAGAUUCUGAUCUUAAGUCAAAACAAUCUCAGUGGAAAUAUCCCCGAGUCUUUAUCAAGUCUUUCAAGCUUAAAUGACAUUCGGCUGGCCUUCAAUCAUCUCUCUGGUCAGAUACCUGAUCCACUAUUUCAAGUGGCCAGAUACAACUUUACGGGAAACAAUUUAAAUUGUGGCAUGAAUUUUCCACACUCCUGUGCCUCCAAUAUGCCUUUUCAAGGAGGAUCUCAUAAUUCAAAAGUUGGAGUUGUGGUAGGAAGUAUUGGAGGAGCGGCAGUGUUCAUAGUCAUAGGAGUUGUCUUUGUUUUUUGCAAGGGUAGGAAGAAAGGCAAUCGACGUGAAGUUUUUGUAGAUGUUCCAGGUGAGGAUGAUCGAAGAAUUGCAUUUGGGCAGUUGAAAAGAUUUGCUUGGCGAGAAUUACAAAUUGCAACUGAUAAUUUUAGUGAGAAAAAUAUUCUUGGACAGGGAGGUUUUGGGAAAGUAUAUAAAGGAGUGCUUCCAGAUAACACGAAGAUCGCUGUGAAGCGCUUGACCGACUACGAGAGUCCUGGAGGGGAAGCGGCCUUUCUACGUGAAGUUGAGCUGAUAAGUGUAGCAGUUCAUAGAAAUCUCUUAAGGUUAAUUGGUUUCUGUACAACACCAACAGAGCGUCUCCUUGUUUACCCUUUUAUGCAAAACCUAAGUGUCGCCUACCGUUUACGAGACUUUAAACCUGGGGAACCGGUGUUAGAUUGGCCCACGAGGAAACGAAUAUCUCUGGGUACAGCUCGUGGAUUGGAGUACCUUCAUGAGCACUGCAACCCGAAGAUUAUACAUCGGGACGUCAAAGCCGCUAAUGUCUUGCUUGAUGAGGGCUUCGAAGCGGUUGUUGGGGACUUUGGCUUGGCUAAGUUGGUCGAUGUGAGGAAGACAUCUGUGACGACUCAAGUCCGUGGAACUAUGGGCCACAUAGCACCGGAGUAUUUAUCAACGGGAAAGUCAUCUGAGAGAACUGAUGUUUUUGGUUAUGGGAUCAUGCUUCUUGAGCUUGUUACCGGACAGCGUGCAAUAGACUUUUCCCGCUUGGAGGAAGAGGAUGAUGUUCUCCUGCUUGAUCAUGUGAAGAAGCUACAAAGAGAAAAGCGACUUGACGCCAUCGUGGACCGCAACUUGAACAAAGUGUAUGAUUGCCUGGAGGUUGAAAUGAUGAUUCAAGUCGCGUUGCUUUGCACCCAACCUUCACCAGAGGAGCGCCCCACCAUGUCCGAAGUAGUUCGGAUGUUAGAAGGCGAGGGUUUGGCUGAGCGGUGGGAAGAGUGGCAGCAAGUAGAAGUCACGCGAAGGCAGGAGUACGAAAGGAUGCAGCAGAGAUUCGACUGGGGCGAGGAUUCUGUAUAUAACCAGGAUGCUAUCGAACUCUCAGGUGGCCGAUGACCAAUUUAAUCAAAAUUCAAAUCCUGAUUUCGAGCAGGGAAAAGUUUUCUCAUUUCUUCACUUUGUUGUAAAUUUUGUAUUAUCUUGGGUCUUCUCGACCAAGAACAACUGCGGUCCCACUUGCAUAGCAAUGCGCUACUUUCUGAGUUUCCAGGUCUAAGGUAUUUCGUUGUGAAAACCCGUCCUUGUUUGCUUCUUCCGAUUGCGCAAGACAACAGGUGAGAAAUAACUUGUUGUCCUUGUUGUUGUAGUAGGGUGGAUGCUGUAGAAUGUUUCUUUUCGUGAUGUACUUCAUCAUUGCAUUAUCAGUUAGUUGCACCAAGUCCUUUUUUCCACGCAGAACUUGGUUAAACGCCACUGCAUGUUAUAGAGCAUUAGGCUGAACAGAAUUUUUAUUUUGUUAUGCUGUAUUCAUUCUUCAAGUUAUUUUCUCGGAAUAAAGUAAAUCAUGUAGCUUUGCAAUGA